CAUCUAUUAUAUAAACACUUCAACAUGACCAUUCACUAAUCACUACCCUCCUACAAAAAUCUCAUUUUCUACAAUUGACACUAUUUUUCUUCUUAUUGAUGGCUGGGAUUGGCAAAGGGGUUGAAUUUGAGGAUUUGUUACCUCUGAUCGCCGAUAAACUGGGUGGUGAAGGUUUGAUAAAAGAGCUUUGUAAUGGGUUUCAGUUGCUGAUGGACAAGGACAAGGGAGUGAUCACGUUGGAGAGCUUGAGGAACAACUCUGCACUAAUGGGUUUGCAAGAUUUGAAGGAGGAUGAACUUGUGAGCAUGAUGAGAGAAGGGGAUCUUGAUGGUGAUGGGGCUCUCACUCAGAUGGAGUUCUGCGUUUUGAUGUUCAGGUUGAGUCCACAGUUGAUGGAGGAGUCUUGGUUUUGGCUUGAAGAGGCUUUACACAAUGAACUCAGAAACAACCACCACCCUUCCAUUUGAACUACUCUUGCAUGCGGUCACACACGAUGAUUGUUGCCUAUAGGGUUAGGAAAUGAUGCACUUGAAGGGACAUCUCAUUCUUAUUUUUUGUUGUUU